CCUCAGCGACGCAGAGCAGACCAUGUAAGGGAUUCUGCUGUCCAACACAGUUAUUAUGGGAGUGUGGCCGAUAAGAAGGGUCGUACAUAAAACCCACCCCGGCAUCGCACCUCAGCCGAGAGUCCACAGUCAAUCAGACAUGGCAAGUAAAAAGGCUUCCAACAAGAGACAGAGGGGAGCUCAGAAGUCCUGCUCCAACGUCUUCUCCAUGUUUGAGCAGUCGCAGAUUCAAGAGUUUAAGGAGGCGUUUGGCUGCAUUGAUCAGGACAGAGACGGUGUGAUCAAAAAGCAGGACCUGAAGGAGACCUACGCUCAGCUCGGGAAACUUAACGUCCAAGACGAGGAGCUGGAGGCCAUGCUGAGUGAAGGGAAGGGACCCAUCAACUUUACUGUGUUUUUGUCCCUUUUUGGAGAAAAACUCAACGGCACCGACCCUGAAGACACCAUUCUUGCUGCUUUCAAGCCCUUUGAUCCCAAUGGGACAGGCUUUGUGAAUAAGGAUGAGUUUAAGCGAUUACUCAUGAACCAGGCUGAUAAGUUCACAGCAGAAGAGGUGGAUCAGGCCUUUGCUCUUGCACCGAUUGACCCAACUGGAAACAUAGACUACAAGCAGCUCUGCUACAUCAUCACACAUGGAGACGAGAAGGAAGAAUCCUAAAAACAAAAUGUCUCUUUUCUUUAUGCAAACAAACUUUAGACUGUUUCUUAAUACUUGGUCAUCAUUGAAUAAAUGGUGAAAAAUGAUGAAUCACACAUCAAAUUUCUGCAAAGAUUGAAUUUAAGCUGAUGACUGGUCCACCAGGUGUUGCUGUAAAUAAACUGUUGGAUUUCUCAAAAGCA